AGCCCCGCCCAUCUGUAGAUCUAAUCACCCAAAGUGUCCACAUCCCACUCAAUCCUUUGGUGGGAGAUCCGUGAGCCACAGGCACUCUAGUGGUGACCAAUCAGAGGGGAACUGGGGGAGGGCACAGGAGGGGACUCCAAAGAGAGUGUAUUUAAAGGGCAAUGACAGCUUCCUGACUUCAGUUCUAUCCAGAGUUCCUGUUCUUGGAGUGGAGCUAGUGGAGAACGCGCUGACUGACCCGGAGACCCUGUUCCUGGCCAGGCUCUUCUGAUAUCUCUUUGGACUGCCGCUGCGGAAAUGUAUAAGUUUAAGGCAGAACUUACAUGCUCCAUUUGUUAUAGCAUAUUUGAGGAUCCUCGAGUCCUGCCAUGCUCCCAUACGUUUUGCAGAAAAUGUCUGGAAAAUGUUCUUCAGGCAUCUGGGAACUUGACUUGUCCUGCUUGCAAGCGUAUAAUUGAAAUCCCUGCCCCUGGCAUUGAAUCUUUGCCCAUCAACCUUGUCCUGAGGGCUAUUGUUAAAAAAUACAAGCUGGAAGAUCCCUCAGAUGUCAUCAUGUGCCCUGAGCACUCCAGCCAGCCGCUCAACGUCUUUUGCCUGCGGGACUACCAGCAGGUGUGUGGCCACUGCCUUACCAUCGGCCAGCACCAAGGACACCCCAUUGGUGACCUUUACCGUGCCUUCAAGGGAAGGGAGGAUCUCUCCGAAUACUUUGAGCAGUUGUUUGACACUGUCAGUGACUGGGACGAUACCUGGUUGCUCAUUAAUAAGUUAGAGAAUGAGAAAUCCCAUUUGGAGCAAAUGGUCCACCCUGAUAAUGAAAUCCUCUUCCACUAUUUGAAGGAGCUUAGACUUUUCUUGGGCCGAAAAAAAAAGGCUUUAAUGUCUGCCUUGGCACAGAGACCUCUUGAGAUUUGUUCCAGGGAGGAGGAGGAGGAGGAGGAGGAGGAGGAGGCGGCCGAGGAAGAGGAAGAGAAGGAGGAGGCAUUUGCGGCCUUUGGGGUGGUGGAGAGGGACUUUGAAUACGUGGAGAUGUUAGAGAAUGAGAAAUCCCAUUUGGAGCAAAUGGUCCACCCUGAUAAUGAAAUCCUCUUCCACUAUUUGAAGGAGCUUAGACUUUUCUUGGGCCGAAAAAAAAAGGCUUUAAUGUCUGCCUUGGCACAGAGACCUCUUGAGAUUUGUUCCAGGGAGGAGGAGGAGGAGGAGGCGGCCGAGGAAGAGGAAGAGAAGGAGGAGGCAUUUGCGGCCUUUGGGGUGGUGGAGAGGGACUUUGAAUACGUGGAGAUGGAAUGGCAGGUGGAAAUGGCCUUGGGGGAGGCGGGGGCUGCCUCGUGGUAUGUUAUGAUGUACUUGGAGGAGGUUUUAAGGUCCUUGGGGGAGGUGGAGGAGGCCUUGAAGGAGGGCAAGGAGCAGGAGGAGGAAGAGGAGGAGGAAUCAGAGGAGGAGGAGGAGGAAUCAGAGGAGGAGGACUAGGAGGGGGAGGAGGACUUUACAAAGAUUUUCAGUACUUUAAUACUGAUAGUUAUUUCAGGGAUGUGAUCAAGGAAAAUUAUGUAUUGUUUUUUAAUAAAAAUGGAAUAAUUGAUCUGUUGUUAGACCAUUCAAUCAUAUCAUCAAGGCUGAGGGGUCUGGGAGCACAAGUCAAGUUUAGACUGGUGGCUUCUAGGAAGUUCCUGAGUCACUGAGGCAUACUGAAGCUUGAUAUAUUUGUCCUUAUCACUUGGGCCUCUCGGGUUUUCUGUUGACUUCAUGAGAACAGGCUUCUGUGAGUGGGGAAGUUUUGGGGCUUGAUCUGCCACUGCAGUAUUGCUAGGAAUUAUGUACAAGAAUAAAAGUUAACUCGUCUUUUUGGGACUGGGUUCGAGGGUCUGAUCUUUUGGUGGUGUUUUAGAGACUAGGGUACAAGUGAUUUGCUCUUGCAUUAUUUCUUUUGAGACUAGAGGGAAUAAUAAUCAUGUCAAUUCAUAGGUAAGGGGCAUUGAUGAAGGAAGUCGUGUAAAGGGGAUAGAGUGGGCAGUCACAGUCCACUCUGGUCUCCCCAGCUACCACGCAUGACUCUGUCCAGGCAUCUUGGUCUGAUGGCUCCCAGCAAUUAAUUAAUGCCUAAUUCAGUAAGGUCUAAAAUCUGUUGAGAGAGCCUGGAAAUUCUGGUUUCCCUGAGCAAGGACUGCAGUGCUGAGAGCUGCAGUUCCUCCUAUCCCCAGCCCUACCAAGAUUGGGAUGAGAAUUGGCACUCUGACCUGAUAUGGCCUGACUAGUCAGCAUCCCUUCAAAGUGCUCCCUACCUCUUUCCCCUGAGUCUCUGUCUCAGGAUGGCCUUCCUGUCUCCAUCGCAGCAGUAGCCUUCCUGGUCAAAGACGAUAACAAACUUACACAUGGCCAGCCACUUCUCAUUGCCACCUCACAUGCCAUUGAGAGUGUCCCCCUCCAGCCUCCGGUGGGCUGGCUGUCCCAUGCCCAGCUGACCAAUUGCUCCUCCUGAACAAGGCUCAAUUGUCCUUCCAAGUAGUGUCCACCCUUAACCCCACCACACUUCUCCCCACCCGGGAUGACGGCUACUGAAAUGCAUUCCUGCCAAGAGAUCCUUGUGGAAUCUGCACGACCUGACCUUAAGGAUGUUCCUCUAGCCAAUCUGGACCUUCUCUUCACUGAUGGCAGCAGCUUCCUAUCCCCACAAGGUAGGAGACCAGUAGUAGACCAUACUGGCCAUAUCAUCUGGGACGUCUCCCUCCCCGAAGGGACCUCAGCACAGAGGGCCAAGCUGAUUGCUUUGGCAGCAGUCUCUCAUGCAGCAAAGGGUAGGCGGGUCACCAUUUAGACAGAUAGCCGCUACACCUUCACAACCCUGCAUGUGCCCAUAUAGGGGGUUUGUCACUUCAGCUGGGAAGUCCCUGGCCCACCUCGAAGACAUCCAGGAUCUCCUUGCAGCCAUCUGGGAGCCCCGUGCAGUUGUCCACACCCCUGGACACCAAAGUGGCUCAUCUCUCCCUGCCAUGGGAAACCGGCAGAGCAGACUAGGGGGCUAAGGCAGCUGCAAGGCGGGACUGGGCCCAUACUCUAGUGCUACCUAUCCAGGCCAUCUCAGAGCCACCGGGCCCCCCAUCUCCCAUCCUGAACCUCCCACCGGCCCUCCACAAUAUUUGGACAGUGACCACCAAUGGAUAAAAGGGAAGGAAGGACAGCCUGUUGGGUCUUUCUUCCAGGAUCCUGCUGGUAACUUGUUUUUACCUAGAAUCGCUGGCCAACUUUUGACCACCCACCUCCACCAUCUCACACACCUGGGUGCUAACAAAUUCCAUGAACUGCUCCGGAAAGGACAGAAAGGCCUUCCUGACAGAGUUGGUCAGCAAAUGUACUGCCUGCCAGCUGACCCGGCCAGCAAACUCAAACUCACCCUGGGACCCGCCUCCACGGCACCCGACCCUGUGAGCAUUGGGAACUUGAUUUCACUGAAGUGCAGCAUGGAAAAUUUGGAUUCCAGUACCUCCUAGUUCUUGUAGGCACCUUCAUGGGGUGGCCCAAGGCUUUUGCAAUGAAAACUGAAAUUGCCCAUGCAGUUGCUGAAAUCUUGCUAGAAGGAAUAAUUCCCUGGUUUGGGGUGCCCUCCUCCCUAGGAUCAGACAAUGGCCCUGCAUUUGUGGCCAAGACUACAGGCACUGGCAGGGGGUCUCGGGGUCAAAUGGAAGUUACACUGUGAGUAUAACCCCCAGAGUUUGGGGCAGGUAGAAUGAAUGAAUCAGACCCUAAAAGAGAUUCUUACUAAACUCUCUUUGGAGACUGGCCAGGAGUGGGUGACGCUCCUUCCCCUAGACCUUUUUAAGGCCCACAAUACCCCUGGGCCCCUCUCCCUUACCCCUUAUGAGAUCCUUUAUGGUUCAAUCCCCCUCCCCCCAUUCUCUCCACUUUCCCAAAUGCAACCCCCGGUAGCCCCUCAUUGCAGGACUUUGUUCUCUCCCUCUCUCAGAUUCAGUCUGACCUCUGGCCAAGGCUCCAGAUGCGGUUCCAACCUCCUCCCCAUAACCCUCAUCCUUUUAAACCCGGGGAUUGGGUUUGGGUGAAGUGACACUGCAAGGCAAACCUUCAGCCACCAUGGAAGGGCCCCUAUGUAACCCUUUUUGUUACCCCUUCAGCUUUUAAUGUCGAAGGAAUCAGCCCUUGAUUUACCACUCCCAUGUGAAAGCCACAGACCCACCAAAGGCUACAGAAGUCUAGACAGCCACUUCCUAUCCGGACACUCCCCUGAAACUCAGACUUCAACAGAGAGCGACAAGACCUGCUCACUUCAAUUACUUCAAUUUUCCCCCCACCUCUUGUUUCCUCCCUCCCUUGUCUGGCUCCUCUCUGUUCUCCAGGGUGGAACCUCUCACCAGCCUUGGAAGUGAACCCUGACAUCUCUGGAAUCCCCACAAUUGGCACAAACUGUGUUGAGCAACCAAGGACCCACUUUCUCAGUCCCCAGCUGCACAGUGAUUUUGGCCGAGCAUUGCGAGGGGAGUGGAAAGAGGACCCUCUACAGGGACGUUCUCAUCAAAGGAUCUAAAGGACCUGGCCUUAAUGGGGCUCUACAUAUGUUCUAGUUCUAACCCCGGGAGGUCAUAUUGCAACCAGCCAGGUCACUACCUUUGUGCCUACUGGGACUGUGUGACUCUUGCGAGUGACGAGGCCUCUUACUGGACCAUAAAAACUGACCGGUUCCUGGGGUUGAAAUUGAUCCCCAACACAGGAUGCACAUGGGAUUGGUUUCUCUACUUCUAAGUGGACCCGCUGUACCCAGCUAAACCUGACCAUCCUAUGCCCAGAUGACCAGGGGUGGCUCCUGGGGCACACCUGGGGAGUCCUCAAUAUGAGUCUGGAUAUGACCAAGGGGGAUUUUUUACGAUCUGCAAAGAACCCGCCACCACCCCAGUGGCCUUGGGGCCGAAUUUCAUACUCAACCAGAACCCCCCUUACCUAACAGCCCCCAUCACCUGAAUGCCCCUCCACCCCCCUUACCUAAGAGCCCCUGUCCCAAGACCACCCCCAGACCCCUCCACCCUGAUCACCCUGUUGCAAUCAACCCCUAUCUUCCCUUGUUGCAAGCCUCCUUUUCAGCCCUUAAUCACUCCUCCCCUAAUCUCACAGUGCACUGUUGGCUCUGCCUAGUCACAUCCCCGCCCUAUGAGGCUUUCAGCCUAAAUGCCUCACAACAUCUCACAGGAUGAAAACCCACCGAAGUGCCACUGGAGGGAUUCAGGCCCUGAAAACCCGGGCCCUAGCUUAACCCUUUCAGCAACUGUGUAGUGGGAAAAUCAGCCAGCCCGACCCCCGCCUUUGCUCAACUGCAGCUUAUCCCUUAACCGGAAAAUCCCUUAUCCCACUUGCAGGGGCGCACUGGAUAUGUUCCCGCUCCGGCCUAUAGCCCUGUGUCUCCCCUAACUCCCUCACUGACUACUGCACCCCCAUCACAAUAGUACCCCAAGUGAUCUACCUCCGCAAGGCAGUCUGAGGAUACAGCUAGGCUAGAAUCCUUUAUUAACUUCCUUGAAAGGUCCCACGCCUCCUUAGUCGAGGUCAGCCUUCAAAACCGAGGAGGCCUGGACCUCCUCUUCCUUAAGGAGGGGGCCUCUGUGCAGCCUUGGGUGAAGAAUGCUGCUUCUAUGUUCACCAUUGGGGGUUAUCAGGGACUCCCUGAGCAAGCUAUGAGAAGGUCCAGAAGCCUGGCGGAAGGAGGAAGAAGCUGCUGGCCCCUGGUACGCCCACCUUUUUAACUCCUCUCCCUGGCUCACUACCCUAGUCACAUCCCUCAGGGCCCCUUACCAUCCUAACCCUACUCUUGACAUUUGGCCCCUGCAUUCUCAACCACCUUGUUCCGUUCCUGAAAGAUCCGCCUGGAUGCCGUCCAGGUGUUGGCUCUCCAACCCCCAGCCACCAGCCCUGGGCCGAGGGCUAUGAGCUGCCUAAGCGGAUGGGCCUUCCCUCUGUCCCCUAAGACAAAAAGAAGUGGGGAAUGGAGGAAGCCCAAGCAGGAAACUGCUGGGUCACGGCAGCACAUGUCAUUGCAGAGCAUCUGGCAAACAGACCCCCGGCAGAGAACACGAAUGUGUCAAUGCCCUGGCCGUAGAUUCCAGGGGAAACCUAUGGGCUAUGUAUGCUGGUGGGUGAUAGAACUCUAAUGCUGAGCUCCCCUGGGGCGCACCAGAUCAAUAAACCACCCUUUUGCUUGA